AUGCCGAAUUGUUCGAAAAGAACUAAAGAUCUUCAAACCCGUACGUUUAAUCCAGAUUGGACUCAUGAAUAUUUCUUUAUUGAGGAUUAUGGAAAACCUAUAUGCUUAAUAUGUUUCGAAAAAGUUGCUGUCAAAAAACUUUAUAACAUCAAGCGACAUUAUGAAACUCGACAUUACGAAAAAUUCAGCAAGUUUACAGGAGAAUCUCGCUUAAAGGAAAUUAAGAGACUCGAACAAAAUUACCAAAAGCAAACAACAUUUUUUUAUAAUUUGAGUUGUGAAAAAGAUGAUAUCACACGUACAAGUUACGAAAUUUCAAAGAUAAUUGCGAAACGAAUGAAACUAUUUUCAGACGGAGAAUUUAUAAAAGAAAAUGGCUUGUAUAUUUGGAAGCAUAUUUUUAUGUGA